CUCUAAGAAACAGGACGCUUGCAGUAGGAAGUACCUAUAACUUCUAGGAAUUCGACUUCAAUUUUUUCGCAAAAUUCUACAGCGAGGGAAAAAUGGGCAAACAAAUCAACGAUUGCUUUUACUUCGCGUACAAGUCAGGUCUGAAGUCGUUACAAGAAGUAUUCAGUAUGGACGAGGCGAGAGCAAACCUCUCAGGUCAACCCUGGUACGUUGGAUGGAGCACCUGCUAUGAUGACGAAACAAGGAAGCUCAGGUCUUAUUACAAUAGGCCUUACUUUCUGCCUAAAACUGCUGAGAGUGAUAUGGUGGACUGGAUCUUUAUGGGAGGACCAGGUCAAGGCGCGCAUAUGCAUGUGGACUCGGUGAAGCACAUGUCGUGGCAGGCGCAGGUCCGCGGCCGCAAGCAGUGGCAGCUGGCGCCGCCGCCCGAGUGUCUCUACCGCUGUCGCUGGCUCACCUUCACCGUAGCCCCGGGGGAGAUACUGGUGGUGGACACAAAUCGAUGGUAUCACAAAACGAACGUACUGCCUGGGGAUAUCAGCAUUACUAUCGGAGCCGAAUACGACUAGCUUCGGUACAAGGCCCUGGAUAUUACUACAAGUAUUGCGCUGUGUGUUAACAGCGAUAUGUAACACGGAUAUAAAUUGAAACAAAUCACAUAAUGCUACUAAAACCUUUAAUCAUCACCAUAAAACUAUGCUACGCGACACUCAGCGCACUAAGUUGAUAACAUCGAUAGAUUGGAAUGACAAUCAGCUACAAUACAGAGAGCGUCUGACACAAUAUCAUUAUACAAUUAUACAGUUUCAACUACAAGUACAUAUGGAGGUUGGAAUACUGCAACGAUAUCCUUAGUAGACAAAUUCAUAAUAAAUAAAUAAUUAUACUUACAUUUUGAAUAAAAAAACUCUUUAUCAUAAGUAAUUUAUUUAAAAAUUAUUAAAUUAAAAUUGCAAUCUAUCAACACUGCAGAUAUCAAAUUACACGGAAUACGGAUUCUACGAACAUAUUUAAGUACAACAAUUGAAUCUAUACUGGGUUACACAGAGUGGCCGUUCACACUUUAUUACUUACAAAAAAUUGGAUUAAAUAAAAAAAUAUUUAUUAAUUAGGAAAAUACAAAAGAAAAUGAUUUUAUUUGUAAUCUGUACCCUUGAUGUUGUAGUAAAUAAAGUUUUUGGAGAACCUUAUAAUGUGUUACCUUAUUUGUUUGAUUACGUCAUUUCCAUAACACGAGAGAAGCGUAGGAUAUAAUAUAUCAGCAUAGACACUUACAUAUAUUAAACUGAACUCGAAACAUUGAACUGGAUAACAUUAGAGGACAUAAGCUGCCUAGUCACAGCACAUACUGUGACAAUGCCAUCUACUACAAACAGUACACCGGGUACAUAAUUACUUUACACAACUAUUAAAAUAUACUCUUUCACCAUUUACGUAAAGUCUCCUUGAAUAAUUUAUUUAAUAUUCUCAUUAAUCUGUCUUUUAUAUUGUAUUUAUUUUUUAUUUUUUUGCCUUUUGCAAUGGUUCUGAUGAAUUAGUAUAUUGUAAUGUAUGUAUAUGUUGGAAAUGUGUCGUGUUUACUCUUCAGUCUGUCCCGCCGAGUCGAGGAUCACCUCGAAGGAGAACGGCUGGAAGAGGUAGCCCUCGCCCUGGUAGAAUUUACUUUGGAACUCCACC